GACUAGGACUGACAGAUACCAGUUCUGCAGUCUCCUCUGGAGGCUUUCUGGAGGGGUACCAGAGGCUGUAGGAGAGCCAGAAGGUACUCAAGGAACCCCAAAUCCUGAGUCUGAGGCAUACUCAUCCUUUGGCACCCCAGGUAUGUGUUGUACCCUGACUUCUUGUGCUGGGAGCUGCAUUGCCAGCUUCACAAGAAUGUAGACAGGACCAACCUGCCCUCCUGCUGGAGAUGGCAAGAGAGUGACCUAGCCAGCAGGUCACAUUCCCCAAGUCUCCGCCAAAAUGUCAUUGCUUGGGGGCUGUGGUCUGGGGCUGCCCCCGUGUGUCCGUGGGUGUCCUAGAGAGGAGAGGUCUAGCUAAGAGGCAACCAGCCAUGCAGGGCCAGAGGGAAGAAUGUCCAGGGAGAGUGAGGCCUACUGAAGCCUGAGGCAAGAAAAGAAAUCGCUUCUUUGGUUGCUCCUCCACCCCUCCCCCCUUCCUCUUGCAGUAGGGCAGACCUGGACUGUUCCCCGUCCCACCGGCUUAUUCCUACAAGGAAAACCUCCCUCUCAGCUCAGCCAUCCCCACUUCCCCUGCACAGGCCCUGGUCUCCAACAACAGAAGUAGCCUCCCCUGCCUACAGACUUGUCCCUGCAGGCAACCUGCCCUGUGCCCCCCUCCCCCUACAGGACCUGGUCUCCAACAACAGAGGUUGAGCAGGAACAGAACUGCUGUGGAGCUGGAGCAGAACUGUUGUAGAGCAGGAGCAGGGAGCCUGGCCCCAGCUUUAAAGAAGCUAACACUGUGACUCUGCCCACCUGCCUUCUCUUUGGUCUCCUGUCCCUGAUUCUCUGGCCUCUUGCCCCCCACACUGGCCAGCUGCUCUCAGGAAUCUGCACUGCACCCUGGACUCCACUGGAGACCCUACUUGUUCCCAGCAGCCCCGGCUGCUUGGGCAAAUCUUGGUCCCUGCAGGGGCUGAAGGUAGGCCUCGAGGCUUACACUGCUCCUCAGAUGGCCUGCUUUUCCUGACGGCUGGGGCAGCACCCUGCGUCUAUGUGCUGGACCUGGAGGGACGAUCCAUCUGCCACCUGCCCUGCCACACACCAAGGGCCAGGGCCUUUGUUCCAGAGGAUGUGGCUGUGACAGCUUCAGGGCUUGUGGUGGUCAGUGACCUUGUUCAUGGAGCUGUCCAUGCUCUGGAGCACACUGCCCGGGAGCCACAGAGCCAUUGGGUGAUGGUGGGGACUUUUCCAUCCCCCCGAGGGCUAGCUGUGGAUGCCCUUGGCCGCUUCCUGGUAGCGGACUAUGUGAUUGGGGCUGUGCACAUCUUCAAGUUGGGCCCUACCUGGGAGCCACAAGCCCUGUCCUCAGUGCUGGGUCUGGAGGGCCCUUGCUGGGUAGGUCCAGGGCCUGAAGGUGGCCUCGCUGUGAGCGAGGAGUUUGGGGAUGUGCGGCUGUUUGGCAGUGCCUGCCAGCCCCUGGGCUCCCUGGGUACCCUAACAGGUCAUAGCUUUGGUCACCCUGCAGGUGUGUGCUCUGACUCAGAGGGCAACAUCAUUGUGGCUGAUAAGCAGAGGCACCAGGUGAUCCUGUUUCCCCGGGCUGGGCCACCCGUCUGCCUGCUGUUGGAGGGACUAAAGCGGCCUUUGAGUGUGGCCUGUGUACCUGAAGGCCGGCUCGUGGUGGCAGAUGCUGGAGACAACUGCAUCAAAGUGUACCAGUACCUCGGAGAACUGGACUGAUUGAUGGACACUGAUGAAAGCACCCCUCACUAUCCUGGUCAGCCUCUAGCCUCAUAAACCACCCCACAGGAGAUCAGUGGUUCCUCUGAGGCUCCUGGCCAUGCUUCUGACUCUGAGACCCAAUGUACCUGACUCUGGUGUGGUCUUGUAUCUUUCUCUUAGAGAGCUAUGAGUCAGGUGGCUCUCCUUCAGUACUCCAAAGCUGGACCUUUCCACAUCCCUGCUCAUCGUGCCCCCUGGCCCUCUGUUCUUUGUUCCUAUGUCUACUCAAGCGCCUUGGUUCUACUGGCUCAGGUCCCAGAAGCCUGAGCCCUGGGACGGGCGGCUGAUCUAUACAUCCCUUUGCAUGAUGGGCUGCCAGCCAGCACAUACCUAGCAAGAUCUCCUGCCGGGCCCAGCCCCAGCCUCCUAAUCAGAAGCUUGCACACAGGGUGGGGCUGGGCUGGGUGGCUUGGGGCAGGGGUGGGGCCCAUCAGGGUCACCUAGUCUCAGAA